GCUUUUCUUUCUUUUUUUUUCUCCCCAGUCUGUAGCUUCAGCAGACAUGGAUUUGAACCAGCUGGAGGCCUUUCUUACUGCCCAAACCAAAAAGCAGGGAGGUAUCACAGCAGAUCAGGCUGCAGUCAUUGCAAAAUUUUGGAAAAACCACAGAACAAAAAUUCGAGAGAGUCUGAUAAAUCAAAGUAGGUGGGACAACACCUUGAAAAACAUGAACUGGAGAGUGGAUUUGAAAUCGCAGUCAAGACACGUCGAUCAAAUAAACACCCCUGUUGCAAUUGUUGAAAUGGAGCUGGGGAAAAAUGGGCAGGAAUCUGAAUUUCUGUGUUUGGAAUUUGAUGAGGCCAAGGUGACUCAAAUGCUGAAGAAACUGUCAGAGAUUGAAGAGAGCAUAACGGCGCUGACGCAGACCACCUGAUUGUUAAGAUAAAUAAAGAGAUUGUGACUCAGAACAUAGCUGGCCUUAGUACUUGUUAAUAAUUUCUAUUUUUAUAUAUGAAAUGGUUACCAAUAUUCUAGUGAUAUUUGAUCAUAAAAUAAAAUAUUGUGGGCUCGGUUGUGCCACUCUGACACUUGUGAGCACUUACUCAAACAAGAAAUCCCAUUGGAUUCAAUGGGGCUACUUGCCUAACUGCAUAACAGCUGAGCAAGGCUGUGCCUAAUCAAGCCCUACAUGUUAGAGUAGUGUGGCUUUCCUUUUCAUGCCUCUUAAUGAUUUGUCGAGUCAUCUGACUACUCUGACUCUUGAGAUAAAUAUUGGGCUGCAGUCAGUAUCCAAGGGAAACUGAACGGCCAUGUGGCAUGGGAAAAAGACAAUCUAAUGGCUGUUCAGAUUUUUCCUUAUAAAGUAAAGAUCUUCUAUGAUAAUUCUUUCCCUUUCUCAUUGGAACCUAAGGGGGCAAACUGGGGUUUCAGUCAAAGUCUGUGAUAGAUCUCUGUUGUGGUUGUGCACUAGGUAUAAAAACGAAUACAACGUCAACCAACUAAGAAUAGGUGAGAGGAGAGGUUUAACUGCCACAGGUAGAGAAAAACAUAAAGGAGAAACUGAAUCAGGAAAUCUCUGCUAAUCAAGUUUAGUAGACAGUCAAACGCUAAGACCUGAAGCUCUGAUAGACUUUGAUUAGUACACCUGCUCCCAUCACACCCUGAAUCUUAUAAAAGAAUCGAUUUAACUAGUUCACUAGCACAUACAUAUAGUACAUUACUGAAAACAGUUAUCAAAACCGUUAGGGAAGCAAAUCCAUCAGCCAUUCCAAAGCACAGAGAAGAACUCUCCUGGUACACAUCAUAUUGACCUCUCUCUCUCUCAAGCAGGCUAUAAAUAUCGUAGCAAAAAUCCUAGGUCCCAGAUAGGAAAUAAUCCUCCAGUCACUGAUAAAAAUCUCUUUGCAAUUUAACAGAUUUACCACGCACCAAAUGGCUUUUAACAUGUAUUUGCCCACAAAGAAUCUGAUCCUGCAAAGUACUGAGUCCUUUCAUAGGCUUAAACCAGGGGUGGAUGUGGCCCACAGUCACUUAACCAUGAUUUAUUUCAGUGGCUUCCACUUUGUACAGAAAUUAAACAAACAAAUGCUGUCAAGAGUCACUAUAUAGGAAUAAUUUUCUCAUUACUGUUAGUGCCUGUAGUGCCCUGUCUAGUCACAAGCAUAUUGAUCAAAGGAACGCUUGUAUUUAAUUUUUUAUUGAUCUGUAAAUGCAGGGCCCGUUCUGUUCCCACUGAAGUCAAUGGAAGUUGGCCGUUAUGUUAAGCCCCUUUCUUUUUAUCCAGACUGUAACAAUGUAUGUGUACUCACCCAUUUGUUUUGAAUUUGGUGUGUUUGGCACCACAUGACCCUGAGGCUCUAUACAGGCACAGAGUUUUUUUCUACUGCUAUGAUUUGAAUACAGGUUUAUUUUUAGUGUGCUUAGUUUAACCAAAUCCUAAUCGUUCCAACCCCUUUCUUCCCUUUUCGCUGGCCCACCAGCAGGCUGCUCAGUUAAUUCAGCAGUAUUCAUACCACGUUAAAGUUUGGGAACCUUUCCUUUCCAGAAAUGGGAUGUCACCCCUUUUUUCUGAUAUGGGGCUGCCGUGAUCCAAACUCCACAGACAGGGGACAAGAUCCAUUGCUCCUAAAGAUUUGGCAUGGAGAUUUCCCAGCCUUUACUCUUUGCUACUGUGCUGAAGAACAUCGGUGAGGGGCUAUGAUGGUCACCCGUGGAAACAGGAGGGAUGGGGUUGGAAAAGAUGGCAAAACUAAGUGCAAUAAAAAUAAACCUCACCUCAGAUAAACUAACUCCUCAUUCUAAUAAAAGCUCUGUCUCUGUACGUAGCUUUGGGGCCAGGAUGAAAGCAUGGAAUGUGAAGCCGUGAAAUUCCGAAACACAUGUACAUGUGUGUCUAUAAUCUAAAUAUACAGUAGUUAUUUAUCUAAAACCUAUAUUUCAUUAGCCCCCAGUGUGUUUAAAUAAUUAAGUAGUCAUUGGGCCAGUGAGAGAGCGUGAGAAUGACUCUGUAGCCUGGUAGUUAGCGCACCCCCUUGGGAGGAGGGAGACUCAAGUCCCUGUUUCAAUAACUGUUUCAUUAUUUAUAAAAAGUGGAAUAGCUUGAACAGGAGACAUCUGCCCCAUACUAUGCCAGAGCCCAGCAAUUAGAAUAUUUUCCUGGGAUGUAGGAGACCCAACUUCAAAUCACUGCUCCACAACAGGUCUCCUACAACCUGUUCAAGUGCUUUAAAUGCUGGGCUAAAAGUUAUAAGGGGGUAUCUGCACCACCAGCUCUGCCAACGUUUUUGUUGAAAAAGGACUGACCUGGCCUAGGCGCCUAACUCCAGGAGAGGUACAUGGCUGUGAAUCUCCAGUGGAGCUAGGCACCUCCCUCCGACCUGGACUUGAGUGCCAAAGUGCCUUUGAGGGGUGGGGCUUAAGACCUACCACUCUCCUCCUCAUUUCCUAUUGGCUAGCUUAGGGGCUCCCUGCUCGUCUGCUGGCUUUUGUGAAUCCCUUUCUUAGGCACCUCUCUCUUCCCUAUCAAUCCUGGGUGCCUAAACUCAGAGUGGGGAAUUGUGCUGGGUGGUCAGGUCCCUAAAAUGUCCCUUUGUGGAUCAAGCCCCUCCCUCUCUUGCAGCUCUGCCUGGUCACCAGCAUUCCAUUGCGCUGCUCAAUAGAGACUAUGUUCUUGCUUUUCUUGUUAUCACUGGCAAAAAACGUAUACAUAUUAAGGGUAAAGGUUCCAUUGAUUCUUUCAAGUUAUUUUCGCUUUGUAAGCAACAGAUAGAGCUAAGACUAUAUUAAGUGCUAGUAAAGAAUAGUGAUGACAACAUACAAUACAGUAGUGCCAUAAUUGAAGUGCAUUUCAUUCUCUCUGCAAGUGAAUUUAGUGCUUGUGAAGAUUCCAGAUUGAUUGCACUUAGAAAUUCAACUUCUCCCUUCACAGAAUGGGGAAAGGACAGGAUUUCUUGCCCACCCAAUCAGAAUAUAAAUGCAGCUCCCUGGUUAACCCACACCAUCCUCUUUGGGGCCCACCUCCCCCUUCUGUCCUCCUCUUCCAGCACUACUCCUCUCAAGAGCUGCCCCUUUUCCUGAUUUCUCACCCUCUUGUGUAACGACUUUACAUCCUCCUGUAUCCAUUUUUCCAUCUUGAGUUCUCAGGUCCCUUCUUACUACUUCUGGGCCUUUGCCACUUCUCAGUACCUCCCCCCAUGAGAGUCUGAGCAGAAGCUACCCUUUGCCACUCAUUCCCAAUUUUGUAACCUCCAUGACCUGGGUAGAAGACUCCUCCUGAGAAAUCAUAACUGCCCAAAGGUGGAGUCAUCUUCUGCCACCACCACUUGAUCUGACUCUGUCUUGCCAGUGCAGUGUGUUAUUUACUGCUUCCUCAGGGUCCUCAGCCUGCGGGGAAACAAGGAGAGUGAAGUGGAAGCAGGACACCCAGGAUGCACUGAGAAGCCAGAUAGAGGAAUUUUGAUAGAGGAAUAUGCUUCCUCACGUCUCACCAACAGCUAGGAGAGGGACUCCACUUGUGUGUGGGUCCUGAAGACUCUUGAAUACUCUGGCAACUCACUAGAAAAGGUGGAGAUGACAGAGCAAAUCUGGAGGUUAUGCUAGUCUGGGCAUCAGCAGCAGGACAUGCUUCCUUACGGAUCCUGGAUAAUGUGCCUAUACCCAUCCUGGAGGGAUCUUUUCUAUCACUAAGAGUCUAUCUUGUCGCCAGGCUAAUUCAGCCUUUGGCAUCUGCAGAAAUGGCCAGCAAAGUUGCCUGUUAGUGCUAUUUGUGGACGAUUUUAGCUGUGACAGGGACUCCCAGUGUUGCCUACUCAUAGUUUUAAUACAAGUCUUACAAUAUGUUGUGCUGUUCUUAAAGCCCCAGCUCCAGGAGUCAAGUGAUUUCAUAAUCUCAGCUUUCAUUUUUUAAUUUUUUUUAAUCUGGUAAAUUUCUUGCCCUCGUGAUUGUGGAGAAAAGGUCUGGAGUGCACAAUGAAGCCUCAGAAAGCAAAUAAAAAGAACCCAGACUUUAAUAUUUUCUUUCAUGAUUUUUAAGAGAAUCUCAUUCUUGUUUGGGGCCUGAUAUGUCAGUUUUCAGAGAUUGAAGUUGGCAGCACUAGACACCUAUCAGCGAGCAACUAGCCUGUGACCACCAAACCACCAGGCCUCCUGAUGGCCAGCUACUAGCGACGGCUUUGGUCAUAAUCAACAUGUACUGGAUUUGAACCAGGGACUCAGUGCCGAUUUUCUGAACUAAUGAAAGUUCAUUAAAAUGACCUAAUACGUUUUAAACAAGGUUUUAUUUUUUAAAAAAUAGAGGGUCAGUUAACGCUCACAAUCUUAAAUAACUUCCAUCAUGUCAAGCGUAGUAAUUGUUUUAUUUUAACAUGCACAGAGGAUAGGAAAAUGUGAUAUAAAUGGAAAUUAAAGAGAAACAAACUUAGAACAGAUGUCAGGAAGUACUAUUUCAUGAAAAGAAUAAUAAAUAUGUGAACCAGACAAGGUUACUGAGGAAAAAAAAAACCCCAAAACACUGGGGUCAUUUUUGAAAUAAUUGGGUGCUUUCCAGGAA